UCUAAUUUUAAUAAUGGGAUGUGGUACGGUAAGAAGAUUUUGAAGGCCUCUCUUACCUGUGCAGAUCCUGUCCCAGCCUCUCCGACCUGUCCUCCGCGAGCACGUCGUACAGGUCCUCUUCCUCCAGCCUGCGUUUGUAUCCAACGCGGAACAAAGGAUUGAGCCACCUGAUGGAAGAACAAUCAGGAGGAGAAGAGAUUUGACAGAAAGAGGGAGAUGAACCACAGUGUACAAAUGAAUGACCAUCACUUAUACGUGUAGGAGUGCUACAACCAAAAUCAAACGCACUUGCAUCCAUGAACAUUUGUCAGACAUAUUAAUGUGAGCAAAAUGAUCCAUUGUGUUGCAAACAGCAAUGACAGUCUUCUCAGAGCGGACACACACAUGUGCAACUUUCACUUUGGACUUGACCAAUCAAACCAAAUGAUUCAACAGGAAACUACCAGCAUAAACAUGCAGAGGAUGAUAUCCCCUUGCAGACCCUAUGCACUCUGUGUGGAGUGAUGACUACUGUGUGCACCCCAGCACCCUCCCCCCACACCGCAUAAACACAACAUACAACCACUGAUUGUGUGUCAGCGAUGCACUUAAAAGUAUUGGUUCCAAGGCGGAGAUGCUUGACUGUGCAGGUGAAGGAGAAGCAAAAUUCUAGCUGACGCACCUGUCCUGGACCGACCCUCCCACCGUUGAGGGAAAGAUCUCUUUCCUGUCCCCACUCCGGACCUCCAAGCCACAGGAAAAAUGGGCAACAUGGCAACAGAGAUUGUUGCCUUUCUCCUGACCAUCUCCGGGUGGAUCCUGGUAUCGUCCACCCUGCCUACAGACUACUGGAAGGUGUCCUCUGUGGACGGGACAGUCAUCACCACAGCUACCUUCUGGUCCAACCUAUGGAAAACAUGUGUGACUGAUUCCACCGGUGUGUCCAACUGCAAGGACUUUCCUUCAAUGUUGGCUCUGGAUGCUUAUAUCCAGGUGUGUCGGGGUCUGAUGAUUGCCGCUGUAUGUCUGGGUUUCUUUGGUGCAAUCCUCGCUUUGGUAGGAAUGAAGUGCACGAAAAUAGGAGGCUCUGAGACCACCAAGGCCCGUCUGACCGUCCUUUCGGGCUUCCACUUCAUUCUCAGCGGCCUCAGCUGCAUGACUGCAUGCUCCAUAUAUGCUCACAGGAUCACAACUGACUUCUUUGACCCCCUCUUUGUUGCCCAGAAGUUUGAGCUGGGAGCAGCUCUGUUCAUUGGUUGGGCUGGAUCUGUGCUGUGUACGCUCGGAGGACUUAUCUUCUGUUUCUCCCUGUCUGAAGGCUUCAGUAUCAGAGCUGAAUACUCCUACAAUAGAGCUGCAUCAUUUGUGACACCACGCAACAAGCACAGCAAGACAGUAAACAGCCUCCACAAGGAACCAGGGGAGCCAUCGAGGCAGUUUGGAAGAAAUGCAUAUGUGUGAAAUUUGAUUCUAUCUUGUUUUUAUAUGAGUUGAUUGUAGAAUUUAUCAUUUGUGGUCACCAAACAAUUUCACCAGUGAAA